AUGGUGCCACUAAAUUUGAUGCCUGACUUAGUGAGGAAUUUGGCUCAUGAUCAUGCACAAGUGGUGCCUAUAUCACUCUUUGUGGCUGUUCUCUGCCUCUGCUUGGUCAUUGGUCACUUACUUGAAGAAAAUAGAUGGGUUAAUGAGUCCAUUGUUGCCAUUGUAGUUGGAUGCAUUGCUGGAAUGAUACUGUUAUUCAUCACCAAAGGGAAGAGUUCUCACAUCCUUACAUUUAAUGAAGAACUAUUCUUCAUAUAUCUCCUUCCUCCCAUUAUAUUCAAUGCAGGAUUUCAGGUGAAGAAGAAACAGUUCUUCCAUAACUUUUUAACCAUCAUGCUUUUUGGAGUGAUUGGAGUUUUUAUUUCAUCUUCUCUUAUUACGUGCGGCAGCUGGUGGCUGUUCCCCAAGUUAAACUUGCUAGGCCUGACAGUGCGAGAUUAUCUUGCUAUGGGAACAAUUUUCUCAUCAACGGACACAGUUUGUACCCUGCAGGUUCUCCACCAAGAUGAAACCCCUUUACUAUACAGCCUAGUCUUUGGAGAAGGAGUGGUAAAUGAUGCAACAUCAGUUGUUCUCUUCAAUGCAGUGCAAAAGCUUGAUGUUUCACGAUUUAAUGGCAGGAUGUUCCGCGUUAUUGGAGAUUUCUUGUAUCUAUUUUCAUCAAGCACUGGUCUUGGGAUUCUAGCUGGACUUCUCACAGCUUAUAUCUUGAGAGCUUUAAGCUUUGGAAAACAUUCAAGUGUUCGUGAAAUUGCACUGAUGAUCUUAAUGGCAUACCUAUCCUACAUGUUGUCAGAGCUACUCAAUCUAAGUGGAAUCCUCACUGUUUUCUUUUGUGGAAUACUAAUGUCACAUUAUGCAUGGCAUAAUGUGACUGAAACUUCAAGGAUCACAACCAGGCAUGUGUUUGCAACAAUGUCAUUCAUUGCUGAAACCUUCAUAUUUCUUUAUGUGGGCAUGGAUGCUCUUGACAUUGAAAAGUGGAAGAUGACCCAAUUAAGCUAUGGAAAUUUGACAGGAAUUUAUGGUUGCUUAAUCUUACUGAUAUUGCUUGGGCGGGCUGCAUUUGUUUUUCCUCUCUCUGCUCUUGCCAAUUAUAUGAACAGGCGUUCUGACCAAGCAUCAAGUAUCACAUUCAAACAUCAGAUAGUCAUUUGGUGGGCUGGGCUAAUGAGGGGAGCAGUCUCAAUUGCUCUGGCUUUCAAACAGUUCACAUAUUCUGGUGUUACUUCUGAUCCAGUUAAUGCAACAAUGAUUACCAAUACCAUUAUUGUUGUCCUUUUCACCACACUGGUGUUUGGUUUUCUCACAAAACCACUCAUUAGAUAUCUGCUUCCUUACAACGCCACAAGGAAAAACACCAGCCAUGAAGAAUCAGGUCCUGUUGAGGAUCUAAAUCUACCUUUGAUAUCCUUUGAGGAGUCAGCAGCAACCAACAUAAGCCGUGCAAAGGAAAGUUUGUCCAUGUUAAUAGAAAGUCCUGUUUACACCAUACAUUACUAUUGGAGGAAAUUUGAUGAUGCUUACAUGAGACCUAUAUUUGGGGGACCUCGUGAAAACCAGCCACAGUGCUAG